AUGGAUCCCUGCAAGUACCGCAAUUACAUGGACGAGAUGCUCGAAAUAAUUGACGAGAUCGGAUGCCGAAAACCCGAACCGGAAGUAUGUAACGUCAGAUGCCCGCCUCUAGGCUGUCCACGAGGACCGUGUCCAGGGAUGUGCUGUUAUCAGGAAGACUGCGAUCCUUGUUGCAUAUCAAAAAUCCCUUGUUGCCCACCACCUCCUCAACCCCCUGGUUGUCGAGCACCUCCGUUGUGCUGCUUAAAAGCCUACGCCAAGGCAGUCGGCUAUCCUCCAGAAUCUCCUCUUUCUCCACCUUGUACACGAAUACGUCGUAAACUUUGCGUCGAAAUGCUCGAUAAAAUUUGUCGUCCUCCAUCAGUUUGCACCACCGUACCCUAUUGCCCAUCGCCUUGCUGCACAGUCCCACCUUGCAACCCCUAUCCAUGCUGUUAA